AUUAGCUCAAUGGGUGAAGAAUCGGACUUUCUGGUUUCAGUUCUGGAUAGAUUACAUUGUAUCUUUAAUAUUAAUGUAUUACCCUAUUAUUCUUUUAAAGAUUUACAGUUGUAUAGAUCAAAAUGAUGAACACAUGUCAUUUGGCACAGAUGAUUGAUUUGUAAAUAUGUUAAGCCGCUGUGAUUUAACCCGCAUAGUCACGUGAAAACUAAAUCAGGAAGUUUAUAAAACUUUCAGUUACAGUUCAACUUGUGAAAAGGAUCUCGCUUAAAACGGGUUGUACUUUCCAUCGAUUUACGAGUGGGACAGAUUAGGAUGUUUAAAAAGAUGUUCAUUUCGACGAAAUGGUUACCACUCUGCGAACAAACAGGGAAAGAAUAUGAUAUUAUGAAGCAUCAGUGUGCAUUUUGAUGAUUACAACUUCACAGAAUGAUCAAGUACCUCGAAACACCGUUCUUUCUACUAUUGUUUCUUUAUCUGAGUACUACGUCCGGGUAUUCAAAAAACCUUUACAAAAACAACUUUACAUGUGAUUUCAGCAACAGCUCUUCGAAACUAGUCAUAAACAAUGGUUUCAUCGAAGAAAAUGUUCUAAAGUGUUUAAAAACUUAUCAUUAUGCAGAUACAUUGGUAUUUAGUAACAGUAGAUUACAGACUAUUCCAGAAUAUUUAAAUAUACUAAACAGGCUUAUAAAUUUAGACUUAUCACACAAUGAAAUAACAACAGUUUCUUUUAAUGCAUCAGAGCAGAUUUGUAAAAACCUGAAACAACUUCAUUUGGAUAAUAAUAAUAUUCACGUUAUACGACCAGGAAAUCUUGAUUGUUUAGAAUCUCUAGAGAAACUUUCAUUUGCAAACAAUAACUUACAAGUAAUUGAGAAUGGGACAUUUAAUGUCAAAUUAAAGGCGUUAGAUUAUAUCAACCUUGUUAGCAACAACCUGACAUCUUUGGACAGCAGUUUAGUUAGCAAACUCUUAUUGUCAAAAGAGACACACGCAAUAGUGAAUGCCUCAUUUAACAGUAUAAAUGUAAUCACAAAUUCGAUCAAUAUUACAAUAGAAAACUUUUCACAUUUAACCAAUAUUGGCUUUGUACUUACACAUAAUAAUAUGACGACUGUUGACGUAGAAUAUUAUUUCAAAAUGUUUAAUAUUACACACCCCUCACAGCUGCUUAAUUUGUGGAACUGUGGCUUUGAUGCACGUUUUAAUCCGUUUAUUUGCGAUUGUGCACUCUUUCCUUUAGCCUCAGCGCUUAGAAAGUUCUAUACAAUGGAUCCAGAUAAUCCUGUAUUUUCAAUAACGUGUGGAAGUCCUAUAAGCUUGGAAGGGAUGAUGCUUCGCAAGGUACAACCUGACCAAUUUAACUGCUCAGUCAAUCAGGAUUGUCCAGAUUUCUGCACUUGUACCAAAUCUAUCGCCAUCGGCCUCGUUACAGUAGAUUGCAGAGGCCAGUACCAAGCAGACGAUCUACCUAUGACAUGUCCAGUAGCAGGCAAGAUACACAUUAAUAUUAAAUCAGAUAACUUGAUUCGCCUCACCGCAAGAACAUUUCUUUGCAAUGUAUCUGUUUUUGAUGUCUCACAAUGUGCCGUUGCAAACAUAGAUCCAAACAUCGUCAACGUACUAGAAGGCAGAAUUAACACAUCAAUAUAUUUGCAUGAUAAUAAUUUUGAAAACAUUCCAAACACAUUCGAGAAGUUUAAUUUUAGUGAAGGACAAGUUUUAACCAUUAAUGGAAAUCCAUUCAACUGCGACUGCCAUACAUUAUGGAUGAAACAAUGGCUUCUGUCAAACAAAAAUCACAUUUAUCACCAAGAUAAAAUAAUAUGCGAAUCUGGACCUGGAAAAGGCAAGCCGAUUGUUGAAGUUCCAGACAACAAAUUUGUUUGUCAAACUGGUCUGACCUUCCUUGACAUAUUAUCUAUUACAGUUGGAUCACUGCUUGUUUUUGUUGUACUAGCAUCAGUCACUGUCUGCAAAAAAAACACCAUCCAAGUUUUUAUGAUAUCAAAUUUUGACAUCUGUAGAUACUGUUUCCGGAAGAGGAAACAGCGGUGUUUACGUUAUGAUAUCUUUAUACCACAUUCGUGUGAAGACGACGAUAUAAUUGACGACAUAGUAGAUAAUCUUGAACAUCACAAUCCGCCAUAUAAAGUGUGCAUUGGUGAGAGAAACUUUGCACCUGGUAAAACCAUAUCUGAAAACAUACUUGUUGCGAUAGAAUCUAGUCAUACGAGUUUACUCGUCAUCUCAAACAAGUUUCUAAGAAGUGCUUGGUGCAACAUGGAAUUCCGAGAGGCCCACAUGAGAUUCCUAAAAGAUCGGAAUAUAAACAUGGUGCUGAUUAUCUUAGAGGAUCUAGAUAAGUCACUUGUUUACGAGGAGUUGAAAUUAUAUUUGGAAACGCAUGUGUACAUAAAAUACAGUGACAAGCACUUUUGGGCAAAACUUUUGCAAAGUCUUCCCAUAAUGAUUACAAGCGAUCCUACACUCGACGAAACAUCGCCGCUAAUUUCAAACAUUAAAUAGAUUUUAAAAGAUUAAAAAGAUGAUUAUUGUUGUAAAUAGAUCUCGCAGAUUUUACGUCAGUAAUUACAUUUACAAUACUUUAGUCUUCCAGUGCUUAUAACAAGAAACUCAUUGUUACUAUGAAUGGUUUUAUAAAGUACUUUCACUGUUUAUUUUUAGGAAAGCCAUAGUAUCAGGUCUGUUUGGAUAGCAAACAUCCCACGGGGAAAAUACUCCCACGGGAAAACAGAAUUUGAUAUUCUCCAAAGAAUUUAUAUUAAGGAAUUUGCUAACUAUCCGAAGUUUGAUAGAUUUGAAACGCAUGAUUUUAAACAUUAUACAAUAUCAUUAAAUUUGUUUAAGUGAUUGAUUAACGGAUAUGAUCUUUCUGUGUUUAAAUAACAUUUGCCUGUUUGGUGGUUCAUUAAAGGACUUUUGCAAAAGAUACGCUAUCAACUUUAGUAUCUCAUUUAUAUACCAAGUCAACUUAUGGGACUGUGAUACAGGUCACAGUUUUACACAAUGAUUUGCCUAUAUGAUCAUAUAGUGUAACUAAUCGAAUAUAUUUUCUAAAUCUAAAAGGUCCUUACAGUAACUUCUGUUAACAAGACAUUUUAUUUAUAUAAUUUGAAGUUUACUUGUAAAACUAGUACUAAAUAAGCUCAUAAGAUAGUAGUCUUGCCUUUGCCAUUAUGCACAACACGAUGUUCUUGUUCAAUUUAUAUUUAUUACCUCUAGAUAUCAAUGUCUUAUGACUGCAUUAAGGUAUUGGACCCGUAAAAGAGUACCUCCUUUUUGAAGAGUAUUCAAUUCCUACCAUAACCCUACUUUGACUGCAAUUUUCAGGGGUGCGUAGGUUCAAGCCCCACUGGGGCCAAAUUGUUUUCCAUAUUUUCCUUUUUUCUAGUAAGUUUUUACUUCUUUCAAGACUUAUUAUGGAUGUAUUGUAUAAGAGUGGAAAAUUUUCAUUUUAUAAGCGUUUUUUGCUGUUCAAAGUGAAUUUACCUCUGAAUCAGGAGGGUUAGUGUUAGACAUCUUUAAAAAUACUGAGUUACAUUUUCAAUGUUGGAGUCAGAAUUCUGUCUCAUUAAAUCUGGUUACUUGAGGCACCCUAGAAAAAAUGGUAUUUAGAGUUUUAUUUUGUGUUUUAUAAUUGUUUAACAAUAGUUUGAUGUUUCUUUGAUCACAAUUAAUGCUGUAAUGAAUUCUCUGCUAACGUUUUAGAUAGUGGCCAUCACAUUGAAUUUUGUCUCUACUUGAGCUCGAGGAAAUACCAUAAAUUAUACAAAAUUUACAAAAAAAAAACACUAAAAUUCAGCACGGUAAAAGUUGUUCAAAAUUUGCAACACAGUGCGAAACAUGGUCAGCUUUAGGAAUAUACCAAGCAAAUGCCAUUUUUUAAACAUGACUAUUAGGGGUCUAAUACCUUAAGUUAAAAGGAACACUUUGAACCUCCUUCAAUGGUGUUUAUUAUUUAUGUUUACAUCGGUGUUGUUCGCUUUAUUUUGGAGUGAUGUUAGAAAUAUUUCAUUCUUUGUAAGAGUUAACUUUUUUCUCGAAUAUUGUAUGUUUUAUGAAUACAUGUAGAUGUUUUAUGAAAUAGAAUGCAUGUACACAAUGUCCAUAA